UCCCCUUCCCACUGCCCCAUCAAACAGCAGUCAGGUUCUUCCAUUUUGAAUUCCUGAUUCCUUGCCCUCAUAUAGAAUGGAUAUUUCGCCGUUGGAAAUCCUAACAUGGAUCCAUCCUUCUCGACCAAGCAAUACACACGCCACUCCUCGCAUCGAUGUCGUCGCCCACGCCGAUCCACCUUGCGUAACUGUUCAGGGCACCGAAGAUACUGAUUCAACUCGUACGCCAAGGUACAUUCGAUCGCUUUUAAGAAUAUCCGAUUGUAUUUCAAGUAGUGCAUUCUCAUUGUUGACAUGGGUCUUCUGUCGGUCUAGUCAGCAGUUUCACUUUACCAAAUGCUUUUAUGCAGAUAAUCUCACAAACAACUGCGACAACGAAACACAAAACCUCGUCCGCAUGGCGCUCGACGGCUACACGGCUUCGGCUAUUUUCAUGACACUAGGAGCGGCAGAUGCGUUCAAGUACAGGCAAGAUACCUUGUAUCAAUUGCUGCGAUUCCUCGGAAGUGAGCUGGAAACGGUCAAUCAAACACGAAAAAAACAGCAUUUGCCCGAUAUUCAUGUCGAUUACGCUUGCUUGGGUGUGACAGACAAUUACUGUUUCGAUAUCCGAAAAGAGAUUAGGCUCAAAAGUACGUGGAACGAUCAAGUUGAGGGUAACAAUGGACACGCAAAUCAUUGACUUUGUAAAAACUAGAUUCGGAUGUGCUGCAACAUGGAAUCGACUCUUUGAUGAAACGAGCAAGGGAUAUUGAAACCAUAUGGAAGCGAAUUAAGCUAGGCUGCAAAUAUCCUUACAUUUUGAAAAUUCGAUUGACAGACGACUCUCAAUUACUGGGGACUUUGGCUUUGGUAGACCUCCUUGAACCACGGUUUACAGCCCCACCAAUGACUACCAUGCCGAGUUUCUAUUACUCGUUUUCCAACUUUCGUAAG